ACACAAAUUCAACGAAAACGCGUAUCUCGAUCGUCCUCCUUGUAUAGAGCUUCGUUGUCUUACUAUAACGGUUCUUGAUAUUACCGCCAAAUCGAAGUUUUACCAUAAAGUGAAGGUACGAUAAAUUUUGUAUCGUGCGUGUAUGUACACAAAUUAAUAUAGACCGUUUGCUUACAUUCAAGAAAAUAUAUUAUUUUUUACUUUUUUGUUUCUACUAAUUCAUGCAAAACUUACAUAAACAUGUCAACUACGCAUUGUUUCCUGUGUCUCACCGAUGAAGGCGUCUUUCUUAAUAUUACACCUAUUAACUAUAAUUCUUUGCGUGGCGAUAUCGAGACAUUUUUAUCAUUAAAGGUCGAAAAAAGUAGCAACGUUGACAAGGUUUGCUUCAAAUGUGCAUUUGAGUUAAAACAAUGCAGCGAGUUUCUCAACAAAUAUAAGAAAUCCUCUAAUUCUAAUAAGAGUUACAAAAAAAAUGUUUGUGCAUUUUGUUUAGAAACAGAAAAUCAAGGAUACAUUUUCCGUUUAAGCCGUAGUCCCCGAUCAUUAAAUUAUCCUAGUGAUAAUUUAAUAUCCAAUUUCCAGAAACAUUUUCAAGAUGACAUUUUUAAAAGGAAAACUGGUACUGUAUUGAUGUGCCUGACGUGCAGGUAUAGUUUGGAUGUAUUGUUUGACUUGAAAUCUUUAUACGUAGAACUUUCCGAAGCAAGAAGGACAUUUGAUAAAAGUUCAGACUAUUCGACAAUACCUAAGGUUAAUACAAUUAUGGUUAAACGAAAAACAACUGUCCCUGCAUUUGUGAAAACUAAAUCAGAUAUUUUAAGUGGUAUUGACUCUGAGUGUAAUAAAAAGGAAGAAAAUUACGAAGUCGAGAUGAACAAAGAUGAGUCUCAACAACUAAAGUUGCGCACUUGUAAUAAGUGUAAAUCUAAUAUAAAAGUUGAUGAAGAUAUGUAUAGAUUUUAUAAAACUGGAUUAGUAGUAUGUAAAACUUGUUGGAUCCGUGUAGAUCCAAAUAAAUCAAAUAUACGAAAAAGAAAAACUCAAUCAGAUACUAAGUUAUGCGCAGUAUUCUUAAAAGAUGUAUUGAUCGAUACAGUAAUUAAAAAGGACCAGAAGGGAUAUAAAGUCGAAAAGGAUAUGUAUGGUAACAAUGUAUAUAUAAUAACAGAUAGUGAAAGCGAGGCUGAAGUAGAAAAAGCACAUAAAACAGAUUCAGACUCUCAAGAAAAAAUUAAAAAAUUUAAUGCUAGAUCAAAAAGAGGUCAAAAACGUUCUCAAUUAAAUCUACUAAAUGAUAGCAGCGAAAGUGAAACUAACAAUAUUAAAAAAAUGAAAACUGAUACCGAAAAAGAAACUACAGCUGAAAUAACUAAAGUACGAGAUAAAAGAUAUAAUACGAGAACAUUUAAAAUGAGUAAUCACUCUGAUACUGACAUUUUAUCUACUAUGAAAACACAAAUUGCUAAAACAAAAAGAACUAAGAAAGAAAAUGAGAAAGAAGUAUAUUCUUUGUCGGACAGUAGCAUUCGAAAAUCUCAAAGAAAUAAACGAAAACGAUAUGAGAAUACGUCUCAAGAAAAUACUACAAGUAGUGACGAUUUAUCAUUGCCAGAAAAUGAUAUAAAAGAAAAGAAAUCAAUUGAACAAUCAGUAUUUGAACAAUCUACAUCUCAUACAAGUAGUAAUAUAACCGAAAAGAUAAAGAAACUAAAAUUAGAUUCAACCUCUACAUCUAUCAGUGAACAUGCCUCAUUACUUACAAAAAAGAAUGUUAAGUCAAAAAAAUCAUUUCAGGGAACAUCAUCUGAGAAUACAGAUUUGGAUGAAAAAAUGAAUUCAAAGGAGAAGAGAAAUUCAAGUGAAAAGAAAGAUUCAGGCGAAAAGAAAGAUUCAGGCGAAAAGAAAGAUUCAGGCGAAAAGAAAGAUUCAGGCGAAAAGGAAGAUUCAGGCGAAAAGGAAGAUUCAGGCGGAAAGAAAGAUUCAGGCGGAAAGAAAGAUUCAAGCGGAAAUAAAACAUACGCUUGUCACGAAUGUGGGAUAACGUUUAAAAAUAAACUUACAGUUAUUACACAUGAAUUAACGCAUUUUAAAACAUUGGAAUUGAAAUUGAAUAAGUUAACGGUUCAAAAUAAAAUCAAGGAGAUUAAAGAGGAAAUUGAUGAAUUAAACGAUGAGCUAAGUGAACAACAAAAUGAAGAAAUUACUCUAUCUGUUAACGAUGAUGAAGAACUUGAGACUGCUGAUGCAUUAGAUCAAUUUAAUGUAACAGAAGAUACAGCAGGAAAGGCAGAUAAGGAAAUGAAUCUCUCUUUAAUUGAAAAUAAAGUGAAAGAUUCAUCGGAAGUAGAAGGCACAGGAAAAAAGGAUCUAGAAAAAUCAAAAUUGACAGAAACAAUUAAAAAGUCUAUUUGUAAAGAAUCUAACUUCGAGGCUAAUAAAGAAAAAGAGAGAUCGUCUAAAUGUGUAGUAGAAAAUGAAGUACUGUUUACUUCUAUGAAAAAUAACAAUACUUCAAAUGACAGUAACGAUAAACCAACCAAAAAAGAUGCACCUGGUAAUGACGCAAUCGAAAAUGCCGAAAAAUUUGAAAAAAAGAAAAAGGAAAUUAAUAAAGAAACAAAAGAUAAAGAUGAGAAGGAAGUAAAUGAAAAUGUAAAAAGUUCUGAAAGCAACAUUGAUCAAUCUGAAAAUUAUAUGAAAGAAACGAAAAAAGAAAAAACAGUAGAAGUUGAAGAAAAGCAAGAAGAAGACAAAAAACAAGAAGAAGACAAAGAACAAGAAGAAGAUAAAAAACAGAAAGAAGACCAAGAACAAGAAGAAGAAGACCAAGAACAAGAAGAAGAUAAAAAACAAGAAGAAGAUAAAGAACAAGAAGAAAACAAAGAAAAAUUAGAAGAUAAAGAAACAUUAGAAGAUACAGAAAAAUUAGAAGAUAAAGAAAAAUUAGAAAAUACAUUAGAAGAUAAAGAAACAUUAGAAGAUAAAGAAAAAACAGUAGAAGUUGAAGAAGAGCAAGAAGAAGACAAAGAACAGGAAGAAGACCAAGAAAAAGACAAAGAACAGGAAGAAGACCAAGAAAAAGACAAAGAACAGGAAGAAGACCAAGAAAAAGACAAAGAACAGGAAGAAGAUAAAGAACAAAAACAGGAAGAAAACAAAGUGCAAGAAGAAGACAAAGAACAAAAAUGGGAAGAAAACGAAGUACAAGAAGAAGACAAAGAAAAUAUAACAGAAGAGGAUGAAAAUAUGGUGAAAGAUAAAGAACAAAAACAGGAAGAAAAUAAAGAACAAGAAGAAGAUAAAGAAAAUAUGACGGAAGAGGAUGAAAAUAUGAUGAAGGAUAAAGAAUAUAACGCAAAAAAGAUAGAAAAUAUAACAAAUGAACAAGAAGAUAAAAUGAAGGAAAAAUCAGAAGAUGAGGCGAACAAAAGUGAUGAUAAAGAAAAGGAAAGAGACGACAUCGACAUUGUUACAGAAAGCGAAGAUAAACCGAAAGAAAUAGAAAAAAGCAAAAUUGAGAAAGAAAAACAGAAUAGCGUUUUAAAUGCAGAUAACUCUCAAUUAAAUGAUAGAAAUCAUUUGGACGAUAUUCAUACUGAAAAAUCAAAACAAGAAGAGGAGACAAGUAUAAAAGAUAAAAAAGAUGAUAAGAACGAAACGGAUACAGAUGAAAAAAAUGAAAUAAAUGAAAAAAUAGUUAAUAGUGUCAGUUUAAAAGCCUCUACCGAAAGUAAUGUUUCUAAAUCUGAUAUAAAGUCAAUAAAAGAUGACUCUGAUUCUGUUGAAGUAGUUAAACAAGUAGAAAAAGAAGUAAAUACAUCUACAACUACAAUGAUAGAGUCUGAAAAGAAGAAAGCACGCAUAAAUGAUACACAAGAAUUACUUUAUGAUCUGACAUCUGUAAACGAAUGUAGUUCAAGUAAUGAGAUCGAUCAAAUAGAAAAGAAUAAUAAAGAAUCAGGUAAUACAGUGGUAGAAAUGGUAGAACGUAUUUCUAAUUCAGCCAUGAGUGAACAACAAAAUUCUUCAAGCGCUGUAGGUAAUAUAAGAGAUAUUCAACUGGAAGCGGAGACUUUGGAGGAUAUUACACUUGAAAUACAAAAGAGUGCAGAUAUGCCAUCUUUAGAUCCUAUGAAUACUACAGAAAUAAUAUUUUAAUAAAUUGAAUUAUUACUUCAUAUCAAAGGUAAAUAUAAAAUGAACAAAAUCAGAGAUAAAGUAAAUUUAGUACAAAAAGGGUACGUCUCAGUACACACGUAUAUUAUACAUAAAUUUAUAACACAUCAACACAUUAUCGAAAUACGUUUAAGGAGAGAACAAUUAGUUUUUUAACUUUUCAGAAAAACAUUCGAAUAUUAAAUUUUGUAUAAAUUGUACGAAAAAAUUAAUUCAUCGCGAAUUAAAGACUUUUCAUGUUUUUAAAUACCAAUAAUGGAGGUACAAGGAUCUUUUGAGCAAUAUUGUUAUAGUUUUUUCUUUUCUUACUAUUUCUUGUUUUUUUUCAAACAUACAUACAUAUUAAUAUUAGUUUUUGUUGCACUCUCUCUUUAUUUUGCUGUUUUGAACUAGAAUAUCAUUGAGUACGUCAUUUGAAUAAGGAAUUUGUUUUUCUUAAAUAAUUGUAAAAAAAAAAAAGGGAAUACAUUUCUUUAUUAGAAAUUAUAAGUAUUAAAAUGUUGAAUAUAAUAUAUUAAAGAAGAAACAUUUGUUAGAGAUACUUAUAAAUAUUAACUUUGUUUUGUUAGAUGGCUUAAAAUCGGUGGACUUGGGUAAACAAAAUGUUCAUAAUAAUCAUAGUUCUCUGUAAUAUGUCAUAACGUUUACUUAUUGUAGACAAUGAUAUUAGAAUAGUAUAAAUAAGUGAAGUCAUAAAUACCUUUAUCAAUGUCGCAUUGCUUAUUGGUCCAAAAAAUCUCUCUUUUAUUUUUCCACUUAUACAUUUUGCACAGAGCGUAUAGAUUAUGUUUUUCACAUUCUAAUAUCAGAUUUAUAAACUGUUCUAUUUGUUCUUGUCCUGUGUAUAUGUUAUAGGGAAUGUGUACAAUGCCUAGGCAUUGUCCACGAUACCGAGCCGUUUUUGGCAAUCUAGGAAACAGAAGAAUUCUUAUCUGUAUCUUUUGUUCCUCAUCAUCUCAUCAUUGUGGCACACGCUGUUUACACAAUGCUAGAAGAAUACAUUAUUGUACAUUAUUACCCCCCCCCUCCCCCAAAUCACACAACCCUGCCCUCACACACACACAAGUGAGCAUGCAGUGGGUUGUUAAGACUGUGCGUGCCGCUAUACUAUGCGUAUUUCUAUAAACUGAAACUUAAUGUCGAUUUGCAGCACACUUGUCAUGUGUGUUCUUCUGUUUCCUACAUUGACAAAAACGGCUCGGUAUUAUGUACAAUGCAGGUAUUGUACACAUUCCCUACAUAUGUAUCAACUUAUAUGAAUAAAUUGAAAUUAACAAAUCUAUUAAUAUAUUCACGACGGGCUUUGUUCGGGCGAGAUGUUUUGCUGAAUACUGCAUAAAAUAACUUGAAAUAUAAGACAUAGUACUAAAUGAAGAAAAAAUAAUAUUACAAUUUGACAAACUUAGUAAGCAAAUAUAAUAAAAAUAAACGUUUAAUCAUUAAACAAAAUUUUAUAAAUAAAUUAAUAAUUAAAGUGUAAUAUUUUAUAAUCUAGGACUCUGUUUGCAAUAUUUAGUUACAAAUUUUGAAAUGACGUAGAACUAUAUUAUUGGUAUUCAGCUAAAAAAAAAAUUUGAAUUAACAUAGGAUUACAUUGCCGAUCUCAAAUAUAUUAAUAUAAAUUCAUUCAAAAUUAAUAUUAUAUGUAAAUAUAAGUAAAAAGGAAAAAAGAAAGAAAUUAACCAUAUAGUAUUUCUAUAAUUUAAACUUUACCCCUUGAUAUACCAGUGAUAAUUCUUGCUUGAUCUGCUUCCUCGAUAAAUCCAAGAUCAUAAUAUAAACUAAAAGCUUUUUCCAAAUGUGGCGUUGCCAAAUUAGGUUUCAUCUAAAUAUAUAUGUUCAAACAUUUA